AUGAACGCCUUGCAUAUCUUUCUGUGGAUUUCCAUGGGCCCGAUCGCACUCCGUGGACACAUGGAGUUCAACAAUGUGAUUUGCCUUGUGCGGGACAGGAAGUUUAUGGACUUCGAAUACUGCCACUUGAAGUCCGUCAAUCGCACCUUCAAGUACUUUUCGCUAAAAACCAAGCUGUUCCAUCUGCCCAUAGACAAUUGCGUGACCAAGUUCCAGUUGAGGAAGCGGGAGAGCAGGCGAAUCCUGUACAACUUUGAUUUCCAGGUGGAUGCCUGCCAGUUCCUGAGGGAGCGUAAGCACGUACUCGCCAACUGGGCUUAUCAGACCUUCGGCCCCUUCUCGAACAUGAACCACACUUGUCCCUACGUCAAUGACAUCGUCGUCGAUAAGUUGCCAGUGCAGCACGUUAACAAGCUGGUCCAGACGAUCAUCCCGGAUGGCCGGUACUUCAUGAACAGCACCUGGGUGGUUGCGGGAAUUGCUCGCACGGAUGUCAUCCUCUACUUUACCAAAAGCUAA